UCGUUCACGAAACACUAUGCUCCCGAUUCUCGCGAUCCCGGUUUUCUGCAUCGUGGCAUGGGUAUCCGCGCUGAACGAUCCGUUGUCAGAUUUACCCAGGUUCGGUAAACCGUUGAACAAUCUGACGGUCUCAGUGGGUCGUGAAGCCAUUUUCACCUGCAUCGUGGAAAAUCUUGGCCCGUACAAGGUAGCGUGGCUUCGUGUAGACACGCAAACGAUCCUCACGAUUGCGAAUCAUGUCAUUACGAAAAAUCAUCGGAUCGCCGUGACGCAUAGCGGUCAUCGUGCGUGGUCUCUUCACAUCAGGGAUACCAAGGAAACUGACAGGGGAUGGUAUAUGUGCCAAGUCAACACUGACCCAAUGUCCAGCAACACUGGCUUCCUGGAAGUAGUCGUACCCCCGGAUAUCCUGGACUACCCUACCAGCACGGACAUGGUGGUGCGAGAGGGGAGCAAUGUGACGUUACGAUGCGCUGCCACUGGUACCCCAGAGCCAACAGUCACGUGGCGUCGUGAAGCAGGGGGCACAAUCACCCUGUCAAACUGGCAAGAGGUAGGCCAGGGCCCGGAGCUGGAAAUAACCCGUGUGACACGUCUUCAUAUGGGACCAUAUCUCUGUGUAGCAUCGAACGGUGUCCCACCAGCAGUCAGCAAGCGAAUUGUUCUGAUCGUUCACUUUCAGCCCAUGGUUUGGAUCGAAAACCAGUUAGUAGGCGCUUACGAGGGCCAAAGACUUACCUUGGAAUGCCAUAGCGAAGCUUAUCCAAGACCGAUCACUUACUGGACAAGACCAACAAAUGAAACGAUUGCGAAUGAUAACAACUACGAAGUAGAAACAAUUCCAAAGGGAUAUGAGAUAACCAUGAGGUUAACCAUAAAAGCUGUGCGACCUCAGGACUUUGGAUCGUUUCGGUGCGUGGCAACCAACUCAUUAGGCGAAACCGACGGAAAAAUCAAGCUGUACAGAAUCGAUAGACCCCCGACGACGCGGCGGCCAAAUACGAGGCGAGAUUCAAAGAAAUCGUGGAAGAUGGAUCACAGCUAUGAAAAGAAGACAGCUGGUAUGAAGGACGAGUCGAUGCUAAAAGGCCUCGAUAACGAUGACGAGCAGAUUGAUUUUCAAUCGGCUACAGCUUCGACGUUCCUUCAUCGACAUUUAUUUGCAAACCUCGGUAUCACUAUUGCCACAGCCAUUCUAGCAGGCGGAUUGUCAACGUAGACCCUCAUAGGAUAAUAAUCUCUUUUGAAACUGAUUAAUCCAUACUUGGACGAAUCUCCAGAAUGAUGCUAGAGACGAGUGUGAGUUCAAGUGGACCUCCUGGAUGUGGAAGAAUUUUCGAGAAACACGGAUAAAGCUAAUCUUACGAGGCAUAGAGGACCAGCUAGCUAGUCUUUUCCUGUGAAUGUAAAAUGUCCAGAAAGCGUACGAAAAAGUUCACGAUUCUGUGGUGUCGUUCAGCAUCAAGACUCGUGUAUUGAUAAAUGACAGAUAAAUUAAAUAAAUAUAGUGGUGGCGUGUGUGUUCUUCUUUGAAGAAUUUUAUUUAUAAUACUAUUAACACUUUCGUGGACGCUGAACAGGAGUGACGGCUCAAUUCUGAACUGAUCUUGAGCGACUUCAUGUGAAUAAAUUGAGAAACCCCGGACGAUCCUUGUCUCUCCAUGUAUGGAAGACAAGGAAAGCGCGAUAGCCAAGCAACCAUGUUAACAUAAAGCUGUUCAAGCGAUUUCAUAGUCGUAGUACUGUUGGAUACAAAAAGGGCUUCUGAGUGCUCAGGCUCUUUUUUACAAUUAGCAAAAUGCUUAAAUAGAUUCUACAUUUUUUUCUUCACAUACCUACUCUCCAAGUUUCAUCAUUGUAUUUUCAAAAUUAACUGAGUUAUAGCAGAUUUCGUAAAUGGAUGUUGAUUGAUUGACUUUUACUCUUUGAAAGAUAAAAAGUUUCUUAAAAAACAAAACAUUGCAAGUUUUUUUUUCUUUUCUUUAUUUUUGGAUGAAUAUAUUGACAUUAAAAACAUAAUUGAAAGUACGAAAUAAGUCAAUGAGAGACUAGAAUUGUUUCAUCAUUCUUUUUAUUUUUGCUCUUAAUAUUAUGAAUCCCAUAUAAUAUAAGUCCCAUGUAAUACUUACUAUGAUUUUUCAACCACUUGCGAAGAUCUGACGAAAAAGUGUUUUAAACAAAAGUUGAUCAGUGUUCAAUCGGCUACAAGCUAUAAUAAUAAAAAAUAUCCACUAAUUGUUUUUCAUUUGAUCAAAAAUCUGAUACAUCAGCUGCAACACUGUGGAGUCAAAAAUAUGUAGUGCCAUUUAAAAAAGAAUCAAGGUUGUCUUGACACUUUAUUGAAAACAAUGUUUAUUAUGACCAACUUUUAUUUAAGGUAUUUUUUCGUCAGAUCUCUGGAAUGGUUAAAAAGUCGUGGUAAGUGGUGCGUGGGACACCCUAUAUAUUUCCUUUAAAUACUAUGUAAAUAUUAAAUGAAUAAUACCAAAUAAUUUAAAAAAAAUGAUAGCUACAUAUUAUUGUUUUAUGUAAUAAGGGCCUCAAGAGAUUAUAAUUAAAAUUCAUUUUAUUCAUUAAUAUUUUACAUAAUUCGGAUUGUGUUAAUGGAACUAUAAAAAAGAAAUAUUAAAUUUUCUAACAUUACAGGCAGUUCUGCAACAACUUCACUAUACACACGAAAUAUUUAACUUUUCAAUGUUUAAAGACAUUUUUCUCGAAACUAAUCUUUGUCAUUGAGACUCUUUUUGCAUCCAGCGGUAUAGUUCAAAGAUUUUGAGGCGAAGAAGCAAUAUUUUCUCUUGAUUCUUUUUUCAAAAUAUUCUUCGUACAAUUAUACAGAAAUGUUGGCUCCUGAAAUUUUUUCAUUUUUCAUAAUACACUUUUGUACACAAAAUUUUAAAAAAUUCUUUUCAAAAAGGCUAUGUACAU